GAUCGACCUACUCGGAGCCGUACUAUGUCAGAUGCACCUCGACCUGAUUUCACUAUUAGCAGCAAUGCGAAUCAACAGCAAAGAACGUAUAUUAAAGACCGCCGAUUGGAAUUAAGGCGGUCGCUCUAUUUAGAUCAAUACCAGUAUUAUCCUUCAGAUCAACAACAACAAAUAAAUAAUAGUAAUAAAACGAUAACAGCAGUGGAAGAUGAGGAAGAGAAUGAUGCAGAAGAGGGGUCAAGAGUUUUAAAAUCUUCUGCUCCACUCUUGGACGCUUACGGUGUACCUAUGUCUCCUGCGAAACAGCAACAACAACAGGCAAAAACAGCAAGCAGUAAUGAUCCUUUUCACUUACCAGCUAGUGAUUUGAAUCAAAAAAUACGUGUUUGUGUAAGAAAGAGGCCGUUAAAUAGAAAAGAAUUGGAUAAGGGUGACAAAGAUGUGGCGCCUGUGACAAGCUCAAGGAGUUUGCAAAUUAACGAGCCCAAAUUACGGCUGGAUCUCACAAAAUACACUGAGCAACAUUCGUUUAUAUUCGACGAUGUGUUUGACUUGAACUGCCCCAAUAAUAUAGUCUACGAAAGAACGGCUUUACCGCUUGUCAGUUACAUAUUUCAAGGAGGCAAAGCAACCUGUUUUGCAUAUGGACAAACAGGCUCUGGCAAAACGCAUACAAUGUUGGACCCUAAACAGGGAUUGUAUAUUCUUGCUGCUAAAGAUAUAUUUGCUAUGUUGCGUAAACCAGAAAAUCAACACCUGUCAGCUUGGAUCGGUCUGUAUGAGAUCUAUCAAGGCCAGCUUUAUGACUUGCUGAAUGAAAGAAAGAAACUGUUUGCAAGAGAAGACGGAAGGAAUAAUGUCAUUAUAACAGGACUCAAAGAAUAUCCGAUUGAUAACGUUGAGAAAUUGAUACAAGUGUUUGAUUAUGGAAGUAGUAUUCGGAGUACAGGCAGCACUGGAGCAAACGAUACAUCAUCGCGUUCUCAUGCCAUUCUUCAGAUUUUACUGAAACAUAAGAUGAAUCGAAAAAAGAUACAUGGCAAAUUAAGUUUUAUCGACCUGGCAGGCUCAGAAAGAGGCGCUGAUAGAGGUGAAGCUGAUGUGAAGACAAGGAUGGAAGGAGCAGAAAUCAACAAAAGUCUGUUAGCGUUGAAGGAAUGUAUCCGUGCUUUGGAUUUAGAUAAGAGACAUACACCUUUUAGACAGAGUAAGUUGACGCAAGUGCUAAAAGAUUCUUUCGUGGGCCAUUCAAGAACCUGCAUGAUCGCUACCAUCUCACCCAGUGGCUCUAACAGUGAGCAUACACUAAAUACACUUCGUUAUGCGGAUCGUGUAAAGGAGCUUAAGGGUGAUCAGGGAGGAAUGAAGAGCCCUCGAUCACCAUUGAAAGAUGAUGCAAGUUAUACAGAUGAUGAUGACUUGUUACAAGAUGAUGAUCUGGAUAAUGAUGAUGACGAGUUUUUCAGUAAUGAAUCAGAUAUUCUUGAUGAUGAUACUUAUGACUUUGACGAUGAGGAAAAUAUUUUAGAUGUCGAUUUCCCACAUGAACAUGAAGAAGAAUAUCUCAGGGAAAGCACUCAUUUUUUGACUUCGAACACACAACACAGAUCUUUACAAAAGCAGCAUGGAAUGAAUUCCACUAUGAUCAAUGAUAAUACCACCGAAUAUUCACACAGAUCUCAUCAAAGACCGAACUCUAUAUCCUUUACUACGCAACAACAGCAGCAAUUAUUACUUCUGCAGCAACAACAACAACAGCAACAACAUCAUCAGCAACAAACUACUCAAACCACGUCCACUACCAGUAACAGCAGUGUCAGUAUCAUCAGUAAUGAAAGCAAUAACAGUAACAACAGCAGCACGGUACAGCAUAACCUGACAAAGGCAAACAUGCCAAGCUUUAUAAGUUUCGAAAAAAUGGAUGAGUUCAUCAAAUUCCAUCGAGCGGAAAUCAGGGAGAUAACAGAAUGCACCAAAAAGGAAACGAAACUAGUCGCUCACAUUUCAUUGGACCAUGAACCUCAAGUAACCAACACAAAAACACAAGGACAAUUUAUUAAAUAUUUACAAGAUUUGGAUGAAAUAUUGGAGCAUAAGCUAGCAGCAAUUGAAGCGCUCAGGGACCGUAUAAGUGAAGCUGUAGGUCAAAUUGACAUC